CGAAAAGCUAAAGGCGAACAUUUUAUGGGUGACGAUAUAGAGGGCUCACUCUUCAAUACAAAACAUGGCGUAGUAAGACGUAUGCUACGGUUACAGUGAGUACACAUGUGCGGCAAUCAAGAAUGAAGAUUUAGUUGUUCUUACAAAGAAGGAAGGAUAAACAUUUUCAAGAUGGAUGAUUCUUAUAGAAAUGUUUUAUCACCAAGAGAGUCUGCUAAGUUUAUAGCUACCAAUAGCACAGAUGUCAAAAUAAAGAAAGAUGGAGUUGAAAGAGUUGCUAAAAUUAUUCAAGAAAACCUUUGUAGCAGUGAGUAUAGCAUAAAGGCAUGGAAGCAACAUAAACUCCAUCCACAAAAAAUGGAGGCACCAACUGUAGAUUGGAUAUUUGUAAUUGAUACAUUGAAUUUUUCUUUUUGGUCGGAAUCAAAUGAGAAGCGAUUUUUGGUGGAGUACAACAAUGAAAAACAUAGUGGAUACUGGUCACUAUGUGCUGCCCUCAAACGGGCACUGGAGGAAGGGAUUCCAAUAACCACACCAUCAUACUACAGUACUGUUAGUCUACGUCAGUUGCAAUACAUUUUCCGAUCAGCGACUGACACUAAUAUCCCACUGCUGGAAGAACGACUAGAACAUCUACAUGAAGUUGGAAAAAUCCUGGUUGAGAAAUUUGAUGGAAGUUUUGUAAGAUGUGUUGAACAAUGUCAAAACAGUGUGGAGAAAUUACUUGAAAUCAUCACAACAAAUUUCCCUUGUUUUAGGGAUUAUGCUGGAUUCAAAGGAAAAAAAGUAUCUAUAUUGAAGAGAGCUCAGAUUCUUGUGGCAGAUAUAUGGGCUUGCUUUGAGGGCAAAGGUUAUGGAAAAUUCCAUGAUGUUUCGCUCCUUACAAUGUUUGCAGAUUAUAGGGUUCCUCAGGUUUUAAAUUACUUUGGGGUCUUGGAGUACUCUACCGCCCUCAUGGAGGAUUUAAAAUCUUUUAGGCUUUUCACUCCAGGCGAGAGACUUGAAGUGGAGAUAAGAGGCAAUUCCAUAUGGGCAGUAGAGUUGAUAAUGGAGAAACUGCGCCAAGUUCAGGAAAGCAGUGUACUUGAUGGAGUUCAUUUAAACGCGGUCAUUGUCGACUUCUAUCUGUGGAAUUUCUCCAAGGAUCAUUGGGCCGACAUGCAGCAUAUACCAAUACACAGGAUUAGAAGUAUCUGCUACUAAAGAAUUGCUAGUUCCUAGGGGGUUGUCAGGGACAUUGUGUGUGUGACUAAAGUCCAACUAAGACAGCGUCGUACAACACAACCUGACGUGAUUUGUUGUUGGGUUUGUGUGAGUUAAACGCUGAUGCAAUAGAUAGGCCUGUGUCAGUGGCAGUCGCGUCGUGAUAUUAAACGUUCUUAAUAUUCUCACGACAACCUAAAGACUGUCCCAAACAAUAAAUCAUGACGCUGUCUAAGUGUGGGAAAAAACAAAUGUGUGUGUGUGUGAAAAGUGUGAUUUUUUUUCCCCUAAAAACAAGUAACACUGAUGACAUUAAUAACAUGUUUUUGGUAUAAAAAUACCCCUUUAAUAAUAAAUUUUUCCUGUAACUUUUACUGCAAUGCAUGACCUUUUAUACAUUUUUAUGUAAUAGGAGUGAUUCCUGUCUGCAUUACAAAUCAUGUUUAGACCCUUUUUUAUUUUAUAAGCAUAAUAAUACAAAUGUGUAUUUAUACUUGGUCAGCUUUAUCUAUAUAAAUGUGAUUUUUAUAUAUUAUGUAUAUCUAUUCUAAUAGUGCUCUUAGCAACAGUAAUGUUUUUCUAUACAUAGAUAAUGGUGAGCAAGAUAUUUUCAAUAAUUUUAUCCUUUCUUAAACAGAACUAUGUCCAAUACUGAAAUUUUACUAAACAUAUUUUCUUUAUUUAAUUCUGAAAUAUGUUCAAUAAAUAAUAUUUUACCUUGGCAAUAAAAAGUGUUACGAUGUCA